GAGAAGACAACUACUUUAAAAACGACUACUGCGAAGACCACUAAAGAGCCUACGACCGAAAAAACUACUACUCUUAGGACUACGACUGCUAAAACGACAAAUGAACCAACAACAGAGAAGACAACUACUUUAAAAACGACUACUGCGAAGACCACAACGACUACUGCGAAGACUACAAAGGAGCCUACGACCGAAAAAACCACUACUCUUAGGACUACGACUGCUAAAACGACAAAUGAACCAACAACUGCGAAGACAACUACUAUAAAAACGACUACUGCGAAGACUACAAAGGAGCCUACGACCGAAAAAACUACUACUCUUAGGACUACGACUGCUAAAAAGACAAAUGAACCAACAACAGAGAAGACAACUACUUUAAAAACGACUACUGCGAAGACCACUAAAGAGCCUACGACCGAAAAAACUACUACUCUUAGGACUACGACUGCUAAAACGACAAAUGAACCAACAACAGAGAAGACAACUACUUUAAAAACGACUACUGCGAAGACCACAAAUGAGCCUACGACCCAAAAAACUACUACUCUCAGGACUACGACUGCUAAAACGACAAAUGAACCAACAACUGCGAAGACAACUACUAUAAAAACGACUACUGCGAAGACUACAAAGGAGCCUACGACCGAAAAAACUACUUCUCUUAGGACUACGACUGCUAAAACGACAAAUGAACCAACAACAGAGAAGACAACUACUAUAAAAACGACUACUGCGAAGACCACAAAUGAGCCUACGACCCAAAAAACUACUACUCUCAGGACUACGACUGCUAAAACGACAAAUGAACCAACAACAGAGAAGACAACUACUAUAAAAACGACUACUGCGAAGACUACAAAGGAGCCUACGACCGAAAAAACCACUACUCUUAGGACUACGACUGCUAAAACGACAAAUGAACCAACAACUGCGAAGACAACUACUAUAAAAACGACUACUGCGAAGACUACAAAGGAGCCUACGACCGAAAAAACCACUACUCUUAGGACUACGACUAAGACAACUACUUUAAAAACGACGACUGCGAAGACCACAAGGGAGCCUACGACCGAAAAAACUACUACUCUUAGGACUACGACUGCUAAAACGACAAAUGAACCAACAACUGCGAAGACGACUACUUUAAAAACGACUACUGCGAAGACCACAAGGGAGCCUACGACAGAAAAAACUACUACUCUUAGGACUACGACUGCUAAAACGACAAAUGAACCAACAACUGCGAAGACGACUACUUUAAAAACGACUACUGCGAAGACCACAAGGGAGCCUACGACCGAAAAAACUACUACUCUUAGGACUACGACUGCUAAAACGACAAAUGAACCAACAACUGCGAAGACGACUACUUUAAAAACGACUACUGCGAAGACCACAAGGGAGCCUACGACAGAAAAAACUACUACUCUUAGGACUACGACUAAGACAACUACUUUAAAAACGACUACUGCGAAGACCACAAAAGAGCCUACGACCCAAAAAACUACUACUCUUAGGACUACGACUGCUCAAACGACAAAUGAACCAACAACAGCGAAGACGACUACUUUAAAAACGACUACUGCGAAGACCACAAGGGAGCCUACGACCCAAAAAACUACUACUCUUAGGACUACGACUGCUAAAACGACAAAUGAACCAACAACUGCGAAGACGACUACUUUAAAAACGACGACUGCGAAGACCACAAGGGAGCCUACGACCGAAAAAACUACUACUCUUAGGACUACGACUGCUAAAACGACAAAUGAACCAACAACUGCGAAGACGACUACUUUAAAAACGACUACUGCGAAGACCACAAGGGAGCCUACGACCCAAAAAACUACUACUCUUAGGACUACGACUGCUAAAACGACAAAUGAACCAACAACUGCGAAGACGACUACUUUAAAAACGACUACUGCGAAGACCACAAGGGAGCCUACGACCGAAAAAACUACUACUCUUAGGACUACGACUGCUAAAACGACAAAUGAACCAACAACUGCGAAGACGACUACUUUAAAAACGACUACUGCGAAGACCACAAGGGAGCCUACGACCCAAAAAACUACUACUCUUAGGACUACGACUGCUAAAACGACAAAUGAACCAACAACUGCGAGGACAACUACUUUAAAAACGACGACUGCAAAGACCACAAAGGAACCUACGACCGAAAAAACUACUACUCUUAGGACUACGACUGCUAAAACGACGAAUAAACCAACAACUGCGAAGACGACUACUUUAAAAACGACGACUGCAAAGACCACAAAGGAACCUACGACCGAAAAAACUACUACCCUUAGGACUACGACUGCUAAAACGACAAAUGAACCAACAACUGCGAAGACGACUACUUUAAAAACGACUACUGCGAAGACCACAAGGGAGCCUACGACCGAAAAAACUACUACCCUUAGGCCUACGACUGCUAAAACGACAAAUGAACCAACAACUGCGAAGACAACUACUUUAAAAACGACUACUGCAAAGACCACAAAGGAACCUACGACCGAAAAAACUACUACUCUUAGGACAACGACUGCUAAAACGACAAAUAAACCAACAACUGCGAAGACGACUACUUUAAAAACGACUACUGCGAAGACCACAAGGGAGCCUACGACCCAAAAAACUACUACUCUUAGGACUACGACUGCUAAUACGACAAAUGAACCAACAACAGAGAAGACAACUACUUUAAAAACGACUACUGCGAAGACCACAAAGGAGCCUACGACCCAAAAAACUACUACUCUUAGGACUACGACUGCUCAAACGACAAAUGAACCAACAACAGAGAAGACAACUACUUUAAAAUCGACUACUGCGAAGACCACAAAAGAGCCUACGACCCAAAAAACUACUACUCUUAGGACUACGACUGCUAAUACGACAAAUGAACCAACAACAGAGAAGACAACUACUUUAAAAACGACUACUGCGAAGACCACAAAAGAGCCUACGACCGAAAAAACUACUACCCUUAGGACUACGACUGCUAAUACGACAAAUGAACCAACAACAGAGAAGACGACUACUUUAAAAACGACUACUGCGAAGACCACAAAAGAGCCUACGACCCAAAAAACUACUACUCUUAAGACUACGACAGCUAAAACGACAAAUGAACCAACAACUGCGAAGACGACUACUUUAAAAACGACGACUGCAAAGACCACAAAGGAACCUACGACCGAGAAAACUACUACCCUUAGGACUACGACUAAGACAACUACUUUAAAAACGACUACUGCGAAGACCACAAAAGAGCCUACGACCCAAAAAACUACUACUCUUAAGACUACGACUGCUAAAACGACAAAUGAACCAACAACUGCGAAGACAACUACUUUAAAAACGACGACUGCAAAGACCACAAAGGAGCCUACGACCCAAAAAACUACUUCUCUUAGGACUACGACUGCUAAAACGACAAAUGAACCAACAACUGCGAAGACGACUACUUUAAAAACGACGACUGCAAAGACCACAAAGGAGCCUACGACCCAAAAAACUACUACUCUUAGGACUACGACUGCUAAAACGACAAAUGAACCAACAACUGCGAAGACAACUACUUUAAAAACGACGACUGCAAAGACCACAAAGGAACCUACGACCGAGAAAACUACUACCCUUAGGACUACGACUGCUAAAACGACAAAUGAACCAACAACUGCGAGGACAACUACUUUAAAAACGACGACUGCAAAGACCACAAAGGAACCUACGACCGAGAAAACUACUACUCUUAGGACUACGACUGCUAAAACGACAAAUGAACCAACAACUGCGAAGACAACUACUUUAAAAACGAUAACUGCAAAGACCACAAAGGAGCCUACGACCCAAAAAACUACUACUCUUAGGACUACGACUGCUAAAACGACAAAUGAACCAACAACUGCGAAGACAACUACUUUAAAAACGACGACUGCAAAGACCACAAAGGAGCCUACGACCCAAAAAACUACUACUCUUAGGACUACGACUGCUAAAACGACAAAUGAACCAACAACUGCGAAGACGACUACUUUAAAAACGACGACUGCAAAGACCACAAAGGAGCCUACGACCCAAAAAACUACUACUCUUAGGACUACGACUGCUAAAACGACAAAUGAACCAACAACUGCGAAGACAACUACUUUAAAAACGACGACUGCAAAGACCACAAAGGAGCCUACGACCCAAAAAACUACUACUCUUAGGACUACGACUGCUAAAACGACAAAUGAACCAACAACUGCGAAGACAACUACUUUAAAAACGACGACUGCGAAGACCACAAGGGAGCCUACGACCGAAAAAACUACUACUCUUAGGACUACGACUGCUAAAACGACAAAUGAACCAACAACUGCGAAGACGACUACUUUAAAAACGACGACUGCAAAGACCACAAAGGAGCCUACGACCGAAAAAACUACUACUCUUAGGACUACGACUGCUAAAACGACGAAUAAACCAACAACUGCGAAGACGACUACUUUAAAAACGACGACUGCAAAGACCACAAAGGAACCUACGACCGAAAAAACUACUACCCUUAGGACUACGACUGCUAAAACGACAAAUGAACCAACAACUGCGAAGACGACUACUUUAAAAACGACGACUGCAAAGACCACAAAGGAGCCUACGACCCAAAAAACUACUACUCUUAGGACUACGACUGCUAAAACGACAAAUGAACCAACAACUGCGAAGACAACUACUUUAAAAACGACGACUGCAAAGACCACAAAGGAGCCUACGACCCAAAAAACUACUACUCUUAGGACUACGACUGCUAAAACGACAAAUGAACCAACAACUGCGAAGACAACUACUUUAAAAACGACGACUGCAAAGACCACAAAGGAGCCUACGACCCAAAAAACUACUACUCUUAGGACUACGACUGCUAAAACGACAAAUGAACCAACAACUGCGAAGACGACUACUUUAAAAACGACGACUGCAAAGACCACAAAGGAGCCUACGACCCAAAAAACUACUACUCUUAGGACUACGACUGCUAAAACGACAAAUGAACCAACAACAGAAAAGACAACUACUUUAAAAACGACGACUGCGAAGACCACAAAGGAACCUACGACCGAAAAAACUACUACCCUUAGGACUACGACUGCUAAUACGACAAAUGAACCAACAACAGAGAAGACAACUACUUUAAAAACGACGACUGCGAAGACCACAAAGGAACCUACGACCGAAAAAACUACUACCCUUAGGACUACGACUGCUAAAACGACAAAUGAACCAACAACAGAGAAGACAACUACUUUAAAAACGACGACUGCGAAGACCACAAGGGAGACUACGACUGCUAAAACAACAAAUGAACCAACAACUGCGAAGACUACUCUUAAAACAACUACUCCAAUGAGCACAAAAGAGCCAACUACUACUGUCGCCCCAUCGGGUCAUAACACAACCAGCGCCGAACUAACUACUGAGACGACAACGCAGUUGGCAACGACGAAAGAGUCUAUUUCAACCAUGGAGUCGGAACAUAUCCAUCACCACCACCAUAUUCAUUAUCACAAGCCCGCUGAUCCUGGAUUGUCCUUUCUUCCACUUCCUGAUCUUCCACCUCUGCCCCUGCCAAUACCCUUUCCUCCACCAGUUCUGCCUCUGCCGUUGCCUGUUCCCGAACUUCCUCUUCCUUUGCCUCCAUGGCCUCCGGCUUUACCACAGUUGCCGGAAGUUAAUUUAACUCUGGUUACCUUGCCUGAAAUUACACUACCAAGCCUACCGUCACUGCCACAAUUACCAAAUCC